CUCGGGUCAUAUGAGCGUCAUCAGCGGCUGAGGGUCCAGAGAACUGCGGGGACACCAUCCGGAGCGCCAUGACACCGGCUGACAGCAUCACCCUCCCGGGAUGAAUGACAGAGUGGAGAAAGAAAGUAGAAGUAAUGCUGGAGAAGAAUAAAGGGGAGGAACAGAUGGAUAACAUUCACCAUGAUCGACUGAGUGUCCGAAAAUGGAUCCUUUCAAGCUCCAUUAGAUAAAAUUUUAAAGAAAAUGAGCCGUGUGCAGACAUAACGGUGAAAGUCCUCUCGUCAUUGUUGGUGUCUCCAAACCCUCCGUGCAGCCUAACAAGCCUUCAGCCAUGAUGUCUAAGUCAGCUCUCUUGAAGGUGAUCCUUCUGGGUGACGGCGGCGUGGGCAAGUCAUCGCUCAUGAACCGCUACGUCACCAACAAGUUCGACUCGCACCUCUUCCACACCAUCGGCGUGGAGUUCCUCAACAAGGAGCUGGAGGUGGACGGCCACAGCGUCACGCUGCAGAUCUGGGACACGGCAGGUCAGGAGCGUUUCCGCAGCCUGCGCACGCCUUUCUACCGCGGCUCUGACUGCUGCCUGCUCACCUUCAGCGUGGACGACGGACAGAGCUUCCACAACCUGGCCAACUGGAAGAAGGAGUUCACUUACUACGCUGACGUCAAGGACCCAGACAACUUCCCCUUUGUGGUGCUUGGCAACAAACUGGAUGUCCCCGAGCGGCAGGUGUCAGGGGAGGACGCACGGCAGUGGUGCCGCGAGAAUGGCGGACACCCCUACUUUGAGACAAGCGCCAAGGAUGCUACUAAUGUAGCAUCAGCCUUCGAGGAGGCUGUACGCCGUAUUCUGGCGUUGGACGACAGAGCUGACCACCUCAUCCACACCAACACAGUGGACUUGCAGAGGAAGACUCACUCUGAACCCAACUGCUGCUGAGUGGAGAUUGUGACCCAGCAGGAGCUCAUGUGAUGCUCCUGAAGUUGACACAUACUGUAUGUCUGAGUGUGGUUUGUGACUCUGCAGAAAGAGGAACUGAUGGCGUUUGAUCAGCAGCUACAUGAUCAUUUCGGUUAGACUUUUGACCUGGAUGACUUUUGUAAUCCAGUCUUAAUGUUUUUAGACCAAAACUGACAAUAUUUUGUGCCAAUGUUCAGCAUUCACACCACACAAGGGAGAAAAAAACUUUUUUUAAUCUAAAAAAAAUCUGAUGUCUUGCAGGUUUUAUAGACACAUUUGUGGUCUGAGACGAACUUCAGUUAUAUCUGAGGUUGACGUGAAUGACUGAAAAUGGCAUAAAAUGGCAUAAAAACUAAACCAGCUUUAAAGUAGCAACAGUUCUCUGAUCACAAAGCAUUUCAAACUGCAUUUUGAAAGGUGAAAAACCAGUUUUGACGUCACUGACAGAGCUGUGGCUGCAACUUUUAGUCCACAAAAAGAGAAGUGCUGUGAUUGUGUUCUGCCCAUAGAAGCAGAUGCAUGACUCAUAUUCAACUACAAUACAGCAAUAAUGCUAUUCACUCUGCAGAAACCGUACAGCCAUGUUUACAGCUAAAAUAAUGUGUCCUAUUUAAUGCUGAUUGUCCUUAAACAGCACAUUAAUUUAACAACAUGCAGUCUUUUAAUACAUAAACUAUUAGACAACAACUAAAUGUAAGUUAUUAAUGUUUUUCUGGUGCUGGUAAAAUGUUUUUUUGUAUAAAACAAGCCAAUAUUGUCUAUUAAUUUUAGUUGAGAUAUAUAAAAUGUUAAUUUUCCAUCUAUAACUCAAACUCUUCAUGUACACUAUAUAUAAAGUACCUAAAAUGUGUGCAUUGUCAAACAAAUAUGAACCUUUAAAUUUAGCCACUACCCAUGUAGUAGAUGAAUGAAUGAGAAUGCCUACUGUAUUACAUAUUGCCCAUUACUUUGAAACGAUCGAGAUUUUAUAAUCUAACAUUUUUUAGAUAUAGAUCUUUUAUUUUCUGUAGUAGCCUCUGUUAUGUAAUUUGGAGUUUCCCUGAAAAAGAAAAAGAGCUAGCAUGAGACUCCAAACAUGAGGUCGAUAUUGUUUUCACCUGUAUUUAAGUAUGUUUCGAUCACCACUCCUUCUCUCACUAUGAAAAAUGGAGAACACAGAUGAACUUUGAAUUGCUGAUGUAAAUUUCAGAUGACUAAUAAAAACACACUGUGGGCGUGUGUGAUCUUUAUCAGCGCCACCUUCUUUAUUAAGGAAAAUGACUCCCGACAUUUUUAACACUGGAAAUAAAACAGUGGCUGACAACGAAA